AUGCCGUCUCUCGUGGAAGAUGCAUACAUCAGCGGAACUGCUGUUACACACGAUGUCUCCGAGUUAGAAGACUGCGCCAUUGCCGUCGAUGCCACCUAUUACCUACAAGUUCUGCUCGACAACUCUCCUUCCCAUGAGCCUCUCCUUCCGGCCCUCGGGGGCCUGACGGGUAUCCAGGCGCACAUCGAAGCAGACCUAGACUCUUGGAAGACUAAUAAGAUAACUCCCUUCUUCAUCUUCGACGGCCAGACUGUCACCGGUCAGGACGAGGUCGCUGUCUUGCGAGGACGGGAGGCUAUCAAGAAGACAAACGAGGCCUGGGAACUCUACUUCAACGGCCAAGCUGACAAUGCUGUUGCUGCCUUCGGCGCAAACAGUGGUGCCUAUCGCCCGCAGAAGCUGUAUCCUAUGCUCCAGACUCUGCUCAAAGAGAAGAAUUUGCACUUUUUGGUGCCUCCUUACAACGCCACUGCACAGAUUGCGUACUUUGAUAUGAUCGACUCAGACCAAUGUGCUGGCAUCAUGGGUUCUCAGGAGCUUCUACUCUACCCCAUCAGAGACAUGGUGAUCAAAGGCAUUGACUGGGAGACUGGGAAAGUGACCGCGAUCUCGAAGAAGCAGAUUAUCAAGAAUCUGAAUGUCAAUGAACCUAUGUUCAUCGACGCUCUGCUGAUGACAGGAACCUCGUUCCUUCCUACCUUUCCUCCCCUCCAAGAUGCGGCCAUUAGUCCCCGUCAGCCAUUCACGAUUGUCGAAGCCAUCAAUAUGCUGAGGACUUCUGAUAAAUCAGUUGCUGCAACCUGUACUUCCUUCAAUGACAUUUUGCAGGCCCAAGACCCUCAGUGGCUGGACAAAUAUCGCAAGUCCAGGAUGGUCGUCUCCCAUUUCAUCUAUAUCGCAGAGAAUGGCGAAGUCAAAGUCAAUGAUUAUGACAAACUCACCGGCGACAACCAUGAGUAUCUGGGCCUGCAGCUGCCCGCUGAAUUGUUUCACUACCUCAACAAUGGUCUAAUUGGACCACGGAUGCUGAGCUGGAUCACACACACACAAAUCGUGGUCCUGCCUCCACUGGACGGGGUGUCUUCAGAAGAGUAUAGGAGGCUCAUCACAAACCAACUUGUCUCAGUAAAGGAGAUGACACUUGGCCUGCUCAUCCCCCGCCUGCACCGUGGCAUCCAGCACGCCAACAUUACUAUGAAGGUGUGGUAUGACGAUAAGUACGGCUAUACUGUUAAUCACAGGAACCUCAAUCCGUCUCCAUCACAGCGAGCAGCUAGCUGGGAUGUCAAGGAAGCGUCAGUAAAACAAUUCUUCCCUAAGGCACAAGCCGGCACCAUUGCCUUCGAGAUACAGGCCCUGCAGAACCCAGAAUUCGCGAAGCUCACAAUAACAAAAGAGAGACCAAAGGGCAUAGACUCUACAAGCAUGAUAACGUCUGUUGCGAUCUGGCGAUUCCUUCAUCUCCGCGGAUAUAUUAAUGACUCCCACGAGUUGACAAGCUGGGGCUUGGCCUUAGCUAAGGCCAUCUCCGCAUUGGAGCCGACAGUAGUAAAGAACGCCGAAGUUUCGGGACUCAACGAGGCCCUCUUGGUCGCAUUUGAGAUGAUCAGGUUUGAUCUUUUGAAUGCAAAGCGUCGUCACGAGGAGCUGCACGGUUUGCCCCUGAGUGGAACGGAGGAAGAUAAGGACAGCCUCCUGUUGUUAAGCCGUUGCGCAGCUCUCCUCAAAUUAAGGCACCAAGCUAAUGGCUAUACCGGGCCUCUGAGUAAGAAUCUUCUCGCCUUCCAUUCUCUGGCAUCUGCGGUUCGUGAGGCCAACCGGGAUCUGAUUGAGGCCAUUGUCGCAUCAAUGUUCAUGUACGCGCAGUCCAAGCGGGAUCGUGAUGACUGCUGGGAGCUCAGCCAUGGACUGCCCUUCAUUAAUGAUCCUGAUGUCGCAAUGGGUAUUGCUGUAAAGACACUCAUGGAUGAUGUCGUUGUAGACGAGAGCGCACAGGCGCGAACACAGCGGAAGACCGAGUUCCCUGGAAAGUUUGUGCCAUAUGCUACUCACUUCGACGAGGACCUCGAAAUCUGCUUUGCCUUUUUCGACGCUCUCGUUGUCGGUGUACGGUCCCUAGAUAAGGAGAUGACAGCUAGUGACAAGAGCUCCUGGGAGAAAGCCGCCAAGUAUCUUUCUUUGAGAAGAUAA